AUGCCAGGUCUCGGAACUUCUCUCGCCGCCAUGCCGAUCCCUCUUGUGAUCCCCGGCCUCGUCAUCGCCGGUGCUGCCAUCUCGCCUGUUUGCGCUGGAGCUCUGGCUGGAGUUGUUCCAAACCCACUGGCAGACUGGGUGAACGAGAAACUUCACUUCAAGCCGCAGGAUGGAGUGCGGGAGGACAAGGACGACAAGGACGCGAUCUCGACGAGCUCCACACGACGAUCAGCGCGACACGAGCCAAGGGAGACGCACCAUGAUGCCGGAGCAAGAGACAAGAAGAUGGCCGCAGCAGCAGCAGCGUCUCACAAGGUGGGAAGACUCCCCAGCCAUGAGCGGCCCCACACUUUGCCCAACGUGAGUUCAGGCUACACUCAGUCGCUCCUGUGA